UGUUCUACAAAUGGAUUCUUAUUUACGUCCAGGUAAUACACAGAUCGCCGAAGCCUAUGUAUUUUGUGUAGAUGCUUCUGCUGUUACCAACACUGCAAAUUGGCGUGAUCUAAAAGGUUAUCGGAAACUACAAAAUAUAUUUGAUAUAAGAGAAUUGGACUAUAAAGUAAUCUAUUUUGGUAUUGAUUAUUGUAAGAAGUUGAAAGAUCAUAAUUUAAGAAGCAAUAAGCGUACAGUAGCACAAAUCAAUCAUUAUGACACACAAGCAUUAAUCACCACAUUAUAUGCAUGUCUUAACCAAUGGCUUGAGACUCUUCCGGAUAACGAUACGUCGGAACCAGCAAGCUGA